CAUGUGAAUACUAUGAUAUGAAACAUUUUAUUUGAAAACGAUGGUUCGAUCAUUCUCAAUUGAAAAUCAAUACCAUUCGCGAGCCAAGCACUUACAAAGAGGCUGAACUGAUCGUUUACUUGCAUCGCGCAACAGGCUGCCUCACCUACGAAAUAAUGUACACGUCCCACAAGAGAAAUAUGGAGCCAGAAAAUAACAUGGAAAAGCUUUUGGUGAAAGCACAACCAAAUGGAAUAACAAAAUACGAUGGCGAUGCGGUGGAAAUUGACUUGGAGGGAGGGAGCGAUAAGCAGUCUGGAUCCGUGUUGUCAGCCCACAAGAUCUGUUAUGAGAUAGCAGUAAAAAACAAGCCAUGUUGUGGGCGCAGUGUGAAAAAGAAGAUACUUCAUGAUGUACAUGGUGUUUUCAAGCCUGGCAUGAACGCCAUCCUGGGCCCAACCGGAAGUGGGAAGACAUCGUUGCUGGACAUCCUGGCUGGGAGGAAAGAUCCACAGGGCCUGUCUGGUGAAGUACUGAUAGAUGGCGCUCUGCCACCUUCCAACUUCAAGUGCAUGGUGGGAUAUGUUGUACAGGAUGAUGUGGUGAUGGGAACCCUGACAGUGAGGGAGAACCUGCAGUUCUCCACUGCACUGCGUCUCUCCCGAUCCGUGUCAGUGAAGGAGAGGAAUGACAGGAUAGACAACGUCAUCCAGGAACUUGGCCUGUCAUCCUGCGCCAACACCAAGGUCGGUAAUGAAUUCAUGCGAGGUGUAUCAGGGGGUGAAAGACGUCGGACAAACAUCGGUAUGGAGCUGAUUAUCUCCCCUCCCGUGCUGUUCCUGGAUGAACCAACCACAGGCCUGGAUGCCAGCACGGCUAAUGCAGUCAUUCACAUGCUUAGAAGUUUAUCACAGAGAGGACGUACGAUUAUCUUCUCAAUCCACCAGCCAAGGUACUCUAUCUUCAAGCAGUUUGAUCGCCUCAUGAUGCUGUCACAGGGACAGACUGUUUACCACGGCGCUGCCAGUGAAUCUCUGCAGUUCUUCCGGGAAAUGGGUUACAUCUGUGAGGAACACAACAACCCUCCGGACUUCUUCCUCGAUGUCAUCAACGGUGAUGCUGCGUGUUUGCUGUCAGUGGAAAACAAGGAAGUAAAAGAAGAGGUGACUGUCAACCAGACCCUAGCUGAAGGCUUCAUAAAAUCCAAAUGGCAUAAAGAGUUGAUGAUGGAGGUGCAGCCAGUCUACAACCAGUUCAAGGAGGAGUCUGAGAAUGGUGGCGUUGUCCGCAUGGAGAGAGUGGAGUAUGCAACCUCAUUCCUGCAACAGUUUGUUGUUGUAGCUGGUCGAACAUUACGGAAUAUUCUCAGGAAUCCACACGCAGCCAUGAUGCAGGUGUUCAUGAUGCUGUUGUUUGCCAUCAUCGUUGGAGCUGUGUACUUCCAGCUAGACACAUCCGCAGCCUCGGGAAUACAGAACAGAGUUGGUGCCUUUUUCUUCAUGGUGAUGAAUCAGAUAUUUGGUAACCUGUCUGCUGUAGAAAUAUUCCUUCGUGAGAGAUCUAUGUUUAUGCAUGAAAAUGUGAGUGGCUUCUAUCGUGUGUCAUCAUUCUUCCUGGCAAAAGUUUUCUGCGAUCUUGUACCCAUGAGGCUGGUACCUACAGCAGUGUUCAGCUCGGUCGUCUACUGGCUCAUUGGAUUCAAAAAUGGUGCAAGUCAUUUCUUCUUCUUCCUCCUGAAUCUCUUCCUGACAACGUUGUCCGCCACAAGUCUGGCAUUUGCUAUCAGUGCCAGUAUCCAGGUCCGAGCUGUUGCCAACAUCCUCAUCUCACUCUGCUUUGUCUUCAUGAUGUUGUUCAGUGGGCUGCUCAUCAACCUGGGUUCUAUUGGGGAGUGGCUGACCUGGGCCAAGUGGAUCUCCAUCUUCAGGUUCAGCCUGGAUGCCCUCUGUAUCAAUGAGCUCAAGGAUCAGGAAUUCUGUGAUGAAAAGGUUGAGGGGAACAUUACACAGACCUGUGUGACCGGGAACUCCUAUCUAGAACAGCAGGACAUUGCGUACGUGACGGGUUGGGACCUGUGGCAGAGGGAGGCUGCCCUCUUCAUCAUGUCCAGCAUGUUCCUUUUCCUCACCUACGUCCAGCUACGCCGCAUUAAGAAACUCAAGUGAGGUCACAUCUGGUGCUUGUAUUCCGCGAGUUAGUGAAGCCUGUGUGCAACAGACAUCUGUCAUGUCCGGGAUCUCCAGGAGUCACCCUCCGACUGCGUACAAACGUGGCUUGUGGAUUUCACUGACAACACUCUCUUGCUGCCAAACCAACAAACUAUAUGAUUCCAACAUGUCAGGUUUGGAUUACUUACCUGGUAAAAUGUUUGACUCGACGACUUGAAGUAGUUGUGUGAUCAGCUGAGAUGUGGAGAAUUGUCUGUCAAGGUUGUGUCAGUAUAAAGGGGUCAAGUAUGACAAGUUACUGGCUACGCCAUGAGAUCAAGUGUCAAGUAGAAUCUUCCCUUUCACUGGAAUACCAUUGUGUACCUGUAAUGUGGAUGUGAGUUAUACCAUUGUGUACCUGUCAUGUGGAUGUGAGUUAUACCAUUGUGUACCUGUCAUGUGGAUGUGAGUUAUCACCUGAAGAGGGGUCUUCAUCUACAACACUGUUACACAAGUCUGAUGCUGCAACAAGGGCUGCCCUUCUUACAGUCAGCCAAGGUGGACAUUCAUAUCCUACAUAUACUGUCAGUUGUUCUUCACACCAACAUCGAUGUCCUCUUCUCAUGUUUGCACAAAGUGUAUUUGUGUUUGGGUGUGUGGUACCAAGUAUCUAUGGAAACAGAUUUGACAGAUCAGAUCCAAAUAAAAUGAAAAGUAGUAAGAUACAGACCUCAUUUUAUCUACUUCAAACAAUGGAUUCUGAUUGGUCAGCUAAAAUCUGUGAACCAUAACAUAUGGCGAGUGUUCUUGAGUCUGUGUGCUACAUAAAUGCUGAAGUAUGUGAAAACAAGUGAUGCACUGCCUGUACAAGACACCAUGUUAUAUCAUCUCUAUUCUUGAUCAAGUUAUUCACUGACUGUACAAGACACCAUGUUAUAUCAUCUCUGUAUUCUCUAUCAAGUUAUUCACUGACUGUACAAGAUGUUAUAUCAUAUCUGUAUUCUCUAUCAAGUGAUGCACUGCCUGUACAAGACACCAUGUUAUAUCAUCUCUGUAUUCUCUAUCAAGUUAUUCACUGCCUGUACAAGACACCAUGUUAUAUCAUAUCUGUAUUCUCUAUCAAGUUAUUCACUGACUGUACAAGACACCAUGUUAUAUCAUCUGUUUUCUCUAUCAAGUGAUUCACUGACUGUACAAGACACCAUGUUAUAUCAUCUCUGUAUUCUCUAUCAAGUGAUUCACUGACUGUACAAGACACCAUGUUAUAUCAUCUCUGUAUUCUCUAUCAAGUGAUUCACUGACUGUACAAGACACCAUGUUAUAUCAUCUCUUUAUUCUCUAUCAAGUGAUUCACUGACUGUACAAGAUGUUAUAUCAUCUCUGUAUUCUCUAUCAAGUGAUUCACUGACUGUACAAGAUGUUAUAUCAUCUCUUUAUUCUCUAUCAAGUUUAUCACUCACUGUGUUUUGUUGAGUCUUACAUUCAAGUACUCUGCCGCUCAGUAGUUUUGUUUUUUGAAGACAGGAAGGAUAUAGAGAGUUACUGUCUGUGCAGUAUGUGUUAUUGUCAGCUAGUCCUAGCACCAUGGAUUUUUCAUGUACUGGUAAAAAGCGAGAUAGCAAAGUUGAUAUUUAAAAAGUAUGCAAAGUGGUGCAUGUAAAGUUUGAUUUUAUCGUUGAUGAGACUAGUAUUGUACUUAAAUAAGUAAGAGUUAUUGACUUGUUAUUACCUCAGGAAAAUAUACCUACCUCCUAAGUUCAUGUACUACUGUACAUGAGGGUAGUUGUCUCUGUAUUCCGUGUACUCCAUAAAUAGGAUUAAUGUAACAAGGGAAAAGUAGGAACGAAGGUGUUUGUUGGGGUCUAAAUGUAACAGUAUUGAAUUGCUGCCAGUAUUCUCAUUCAAAACAAUAGCUAGACAUUAACGCUGCUGUAGAGUUUGUGCUUUAUUAUUUAUAAACAUACCUUGGCAUUGGUUCUGUUAAAAUCCUGGAAGGACUUGGAUUAAGGUUGUUUGUUUCAGGAAUAUGUACAAAACUUGCAGUUCAAGAUGAAAUGUCAAGCACAUUACUUAUAUGUCAACCACAUUAUAAGAAAUAUUGGGACACCCAAUUUGCUGAUAUGUCAAGCACAUUGCUGAAAUGUCAAGCACCAUGCUGAUAUGUGAAGCACACUGUCAGAAUGCUGGGACAUCCAUAGUGCUGAUAUGUGAAGCACACUGUCAGAUUGCUGGGACAUCCGUAGUGCUGAUAUGUCAACCACAUUGCAGACAUGUCAAGCACACUGUCAGAUUGCUGGGACAUCCACAUUGCUGAUAUGUCAAGCACACUGUCAGAUUGCUGGGACAUCCCUAGUGAUGAUAUGUCAAGCACACUGUCAGAUUGCUGGGACAUCCACAUUGCUGAUAUGUCAAGCACACUGUCAGAAUGCUGGGACAUCCCUAGUGCUGAUAUGUCAAGCACACUGUCAGAUUGCUGGGACAUCCCUAGUGCUGAUAUGUCAAGCACACUGUCAGAAUGCUGGGACAUCCCUAGUGCUGAUAUGUCAAGCACACUGUCAGAAUGCUGGGACAUCCCUAGUACUGAUAUGUGAAGCACACUGUCAGAAUGCUGGAACAUCCCUAGUACUGAUAUGUCAAGCACACUGUCAGAAUGCUGGGACAUCUGUAGUACUGAUAUGUCAAGCACACUGUCAGAUUGCUGGGACAUCCCUAGUACUGAUAUGUCAAGCACACUGUCAGAUUGCUGGGACAUCCGUAGUACUGAUAUGUCAAGCACACUGUCAGAAAGCUGGGACAUCCCUAGUACUGAUAUGUCAAGCACACUGUCAGAAUGCUGGGACAUCCCUAGUACUGAUAUGUCAAGCACACUGUCAGAAUGCUGGGACAUCCCUAGUACUGAUAUGUCAAGCACACUGUCAGAUUGCUGGGACAUCCCUAGUACUGAUAUGUCAAGCACACUGUCAGAAUGCUGGAACAUCCCUAGUGCUGAUAUGUCAA